ACGUAAUACAACGUUAGUCCACGUAGCUGAUGAUUAUUCUUAUGGUCAUACUGCUCAAAACUGAAAUACAUCACUUUCCUAAACGUUCUCCAUUGAUACGCAGUAAAUUGAAUUAACCAUGGAUCAGGUGAAGAAACUAACAGAACCAGGACGUCAGUUCGCCAAAGACAGUAUACGUCUUGUAAAAAGAUGUACAAAACCAGAUCGGAAAGAAUUUCAAAAAAUUGCAAUCGCCACUGCCAUCGGAUUUUGUAUAAUGGGUUUUAUAGGAUUUUUCGUUAAACUAAUUCAUAUCCCUAUCAACAAUAUCAUUGUGGGUUCGUAAAUCCAUACUGUAUACAAAAAUAUUGUUAAGGUAUUAUAAGUUUAAUUGGUCCACUCUUCGCUCCUAUUUUAAUUUAAUUUAUAUAAUAUCUCAUUUGUUUAUAUUAUGAAUAUCAUGAUUCAUAGAAAUUAAAUAACUAAGGACAUGUAUAAUAUAUUGAAUUUUAUAAUAAAAUAGGAAGAAAUAA